GCGCCCGCUGCCGGCCGCGGCGGCUGGCCCGGCCCUGGCGAGGCGCGCGGCGCGGCGGGAAGCAGAGGCGGGACAGGGGAGGGGAGGGGAGAGGCCCCGCUCGGGGAGGACCGUUAAGCGCCAGAUGUUUGGCAGCAGCGAGCAGCAGAAGUCGCUGCCGGGGCAGAGCGGGCCGUGAGCGCGCUCUCGCAGCGGAGCGGCGCAGCCAGGGCCCCGCCAUGGCCCGCACGGCUCCGCCGUCCGUGCCGCCCCCGCCGGGGCCGGCGGCCCGCGGCUCGCUGAGCCUCCACCGCGCCUACCUCCGCAGCCCGCUGGGCCUGCUGCGCCUGGGGCAGCUGGUGAUGGGCGCCGCCUUCUGGGUCACCGUGGCGGCUCACAAGUACGAGGGGGCGGCCCACUUCGCGCUCUUCGCCGCCGUCCUCGUCUGGCUCCUCACCCUGGCCCUCUUCGGGCUCAGCCUGCUGGGGCGCUGGGCGCUGGUGCCCUGGCUCGGCUCCCGCUGGCUCCUCACCAACCUGGUGCACGACCUGCUGCUGGGCGUGGGGCUCUACGCGGCUGCCACUGGCAUCAUGGGCUACAAGGCCGGACGCAAAAGCUACUGCAGCCUGCCUGGCUACAGCCAGCGCUGCCUCUAUGGCGCCUACCUGAGCGCCUCGGUCUGCGGGGGCAUCGCUGCCUGCCUGUACCUCUUCUCCGGGCUCUACUGCCUCUCACGGCGCUGCCGGGACCAGCGUGACAUCGUCUGAGACCCUGCGGCGCUCAGCUCCCCUUCUCCUCUCGCGUGGACGGACCGCAGCCCUUCUUCUGGACAAAGCGACCCUGCUGCCCCAUCCCCUCCUGGCUGACUGCACCGCGCUUCCUCCAGAGACUCCUGCACAGAUGGAUGGACAGACGGACAGAGGCCUUCCCUGGAGCACAGCUUCCCCUGUACCCUGCCAGGACAGCACGGACGCCCCCACCGCUGCACAGACGCCUCUCCUCCCCGAUGGAUGGAUGGAUGGAUGGACAAAGGCUAUCGCAAGCCAAAGGACUCAAGUAGAGACCCCCUAGGAGGGACCCCAGCUCCCGGGAGCCCCACGGUGUCCCCCGCCCAGCACCCCUGCCCCAGGCCUUGCAGAUGCCGUGCGCUCAGGUGGGUGCCAGCCCUGUCCCCGGGGUGGGGGGAGCCUGGGUCUGGGGGAGCUGAGCGAGCAGUUGCGGUCCACAGCGGGGCUGGGUAGGCACAGUCCCCAUGAGCCGCUCCCAGCUGCACGGUGUCGCCGCAGCUCCCAAAUGGAGGCUCUGGUCUCCGCUUCCCCAGCCUGGGCCCCUCCUCCUGUCUGGCCUGAACACGUCUGCAUCUUCCCGGGGCCCGCGGGGCCAAGCCUCUCCCUGCCCCGCGCUGUCCCGCGGCUGCCGAGAUGCCCCAGAUCCCAUGCCGGGCGCUGGGCCUGCAGCUGGCCCCAGUGUCGCCCUGGCCCCCGCCACGCUGUCCUGCCCGGGGGCCUGAGCCCCCGUGGGACAGCGGUGCCUUGUCGCCACCGGCGGCCAGCUCUCUCCGCUGCAGGGAGGAAGGAGACGAGCUGGGUGCAUAGUCUGGUCUGGGACAGGGGGAAAUCCCUCCGGGCCUGGGGUUCACGCUGUCCCGGGAUGGAGACCCCGGGGAGGAAGAGAGUUUUUGUCACCCCCGCCUGGUGCUCGCUGCCUCUGCCCUGUCUUUUGGGCUGGGUCUGCGUUGCCAGAGAGGGGCACAGGGAUGCUGCUUGCUCCCUUGUACCCCUGCAAGGAGUUUCGUGGCGCUGAUCCCACCUUACGCCGAGACCCGCUGCGCCUGUGAGCCUGGCCUCUGGCCUGGCUGCUCCAGCAGAGACGGGCACGGCCCCGUCGGCAGCCCGGGAGAUGGUGCGGCGGCCUUGCCUGCCGCCCUGCCUGCCUCUGCGGUGCUCGGUUUGGAUGUGGGGGCACAUGACGGGCUCCCGAGCACCCGUGGGGUCCGGGACUCGUCCCACUGCGGCACGGGGCGGCUGGGGCUGCUGUCCAGGCCCAGCCCGAAACUCCAGUUUACACUGAUCAUCCUGGAAAACUCUUGCCUGGGGACUCUGCGGCUGCACCUCGGGGGCCCUGCACUGGCUGGAGGCCGCGGCAGGGCGGAGGGAGGGAGGGGAGCCCACAGAGUGGAGGAGCCUCCCGCCUCUCCCGUGGUGACGCCAUGGCCCCGAGCCCAGGACGGGCGACCUGGGAGGCUGCUGGGACACCGCCAGGCUCUGAGAGCGGGAGCAGAGGGUGGCGGGACGCGGGGCCAGCCCUGGAGCAGCCUCUGCACCUCAGCAGGUGCCAAAUCCCACGGGCUCCGUUUGGGGCCGGCUGUGGGGAGCAGGAGCUCUGGGGCCAUGGAGGCUGGGAAUCAGUGCAGGAGCCCCACGCAGGGGUGGCUCUGGCCAUGCGUCCUCCUCGCUGCUGCCUGCUCAGGAUCAGGGUGGAGAGCAGCAGCGUGAUCCCCUCCGGGAUCGCGGGGCAUCUGGGGCUGGUGCUGGGUCACUGUCUCCCUCGGGAGGUGCUGUCCCAGCCUCGGAGGCCCCCGGACCACCUCCCCUUCCCUGGGCAGGACGUGCUGACCCUACCCCAUGUGUCAGGGCUGGUCCCGGACACGGCCUGCCCCUGGGUGCCCCCGAGCAGCCCAGCAUGGCUUGGGCUGCCCAGGACGCCCCCCAAACCCUGUGCUGCCACUAGUGCCUUCUCCCAGCUCCCCAGCCCUGCCUGUCGCGCCCGGCUCUGUCCCGCUCCAGCCCCUUCGCUGGUGUCUAUAAAUUCAUCUUCCGAAUAAAGCAACGUUGGCGCA